UCAACGGGGAAUGUCGCACUUCAAUUGGACACUUGACACAGGCACAAACUAUCAUAUACUACGCACAGGCUGUUAUCCGUACAUGAAAUAUCACUGUAGCAAACGUGAAGUACAGGAUCUUACACUAGAGGACAAAUUCUUUCGUUUCCUUAAAGUGAUCAAUCUAGGCCUUCCUAUGCUCUUCUAUGGACUUGCAGCAAUUCGCCUAAUAAGCCAUAAAGAAAUUGUUCGUGUCAGCGAUACGGUGGAGGUACCAAUUUACUUUUUAUAUGCCGAAGAUAAGGGGUCCAGAUUUUGAAUUUAAUUAUAAAAAAUUCCGAAUUUGAAAUGUUGCGCUCAGGAAUGUUUUUUGAAUAUAUAA